AGGUGAAUGGUAUAAAUAAGAAUUAUGAAUCUUAUUAAUUCUAUCCACCUACACUACACUCUCACGUGACUCCUCUCCACUCCACUUCCUUCCCAAACAUCAAACCUUAAUUACUCCACACGCAAACUCACAUACGCUUCUAAAAGGCGCCAUUUUUCUUCUCUUCUUCCAAACCAACACAAAAUGUCCACCGCCCCGCCGUCUCCUCUUCUUCCGUUGAACACCGCCGCUCAUCCUUCCCCUUUCCAAACUCUCAAGCCUACCCUUCUUCUUAUCCUUCUCAUCCUCUCCGUUACUUUCCUCGUUUCCGUCUCUAUCUGCUUUCUCCUCCGUCAUCUCAACCGCCGCUGUCUCCGCCAUCUCUCUCAUCCCACCACUGCUUCCUCUUCUUCCAAUCGUCAUUCCUCCAGCAAUCGCGUUUCUCCUGAACUCUCCAUUGUCGAUUCUCUUCCUCUUUUCUCUUUCAGUUCCAUCAAACGUGCUUCUGCCAAUUCUGCCGUCGACUGCGCCGUUUGCCUGUCUAAGUUUGAACCGCACGAUCAGCUGCGCCUCCUCCCUCUGUGCUGCCACGCCUUUCAUGUUGAUUGCAUCGACACGUGGCUUCGCUCUAAUCAGACGUGUCCUCUCUGCCGCUCUUCUAUUCAUGCGUCAGAGUCAAACGUCUUAAAGGCGCUCUCAACCGACGGUGCAGGUGCAGGUUCAGAAAGUUUUCGACUCGAAAUAGGCUCCAUCAGCCGCCGGCAAACAGCACCUGAUUCGGUUGUGGAGUCUCGUAGCUCCUACUCUAUUGGCUCAUUUGAGUACCUUGUUGAGGAAGAUUCAGAGAUUACGGUGAGCCAAACGCACAGAAGCAGCUUUUCGGAUAAGGAAACAGUAGCUGCUCAGCAAUAUUUAGAGUCGAACCUAGCCUCGGACGUAUCCGCCGGCGGAAGGAGUUGGCUUAAGGACUACGUUGACAGGCUGUCGACUUCUCUGUCGUCGCGUGCAUUAUCGUUUCGAAGUUCAGGAAGAUUCUUUACCGGAAGUAGUCGCCGAAGCGAGACCGUCGAUUAUGACGUGGAAGGUCAUCGGAUGGGGGAGGAGAUCAGUGAGAUGUUCCGUUGGUUUUCAGGGGUAUGAAUCGUAAAUAUAUCCAUUUAGAUAGGGGAAUUCUAAUUCUCCCACUUCUUUUAAAUUUUGGUUGCUAUAUCCACGUUAAAACGACACUGAGAUCAUGAGCAUGAAGAGUGGACAAAGCAAAAAAAAAGGUGGAAGAGUGGGAUACCUUGCUUAAAUUCUCCUCUUCAUCUUUGUUAUAAGGAGUGUACAUAGAGAUAAAGUAGGAGAAAGAAUUGACAUUUUGUUUUGUUUUUGGCCUUUAUUAGGACAUUUAAAGUCUGGAUAUUAUUACCCUAAUAAGAAAAAGAUGGACGACUGUUUUUGUUUGA